AUGGAAAGUGGAGCAGCGUGGAGUGCGUCACUUUGGCGAUGGGGUCUCUGUAUCACCGUGACGUCGUUGUCUCUGUGGAAAGUCCUGGAGCUAGCAGUGGUCAGUGGUGGAUAUUGGGAGCAGCUUUGUCGCGCGAAACCCAAGAAGAACCAGUUCCCGGCUGGGUUUCCAGGACUCGUGGGCAACACGCCUCUUGUGGAACUGACCAGUUUGUCAAAGGCUACAGGCUGCACAAUACUCGCGAAGGCUGAAUUCUUGAAUCCAGGUGGAAGUUCGAAAGACCGCGUUGCAAAGGGCAUUGUAGAGGACGCUGAGCGUCGAGGCCUUCUCAAAGAAGGAGGAACGAUCGUGGAAGGAACUACGGGCAGCACGGGCAUUAGUCUAUCGCUGAUGGCACGAGCGCGUGGCUAUCGAUGUGUUAUCGUGAUGCCUGAUGACCAAGCGAAGGAGAAGGGCCAGCUUCUGACGCAAUUUGGUGCUGAGGUUGUGCUGGUCAAGCCGGCGUCUAUAGUGAAUGCGAAACAUUAUGUCAACGAAGCCAAGCGUUUGGCACAUAGAACUCAAGGAGGAUACUUCGCCGACCAGUUCGAGAACACCGCAAACUUCGAUAGUCACUAUUCCACAACCGGCCCCGAAAUUUGGCGUCAGACGAACGGGACUGUUGAUGCCUUUGUGAUGGCUGCAGGUACGGGGGGCACUAUCGCAGGGACAUCAACCUACUUGAAAGAGCAGAAUCCGGACGUGCAGGUGUAUCUUGCCGAUCCGCCGGGCUCCAGUCUAUACAAUAAGGUUCGGAGCAACGUGUGCUUUGCUUCUCAACAGGCUGAGGCCAAAGUGCGUCGCCACAGAUACGACACCAUCGCGGAAGGUGUGGGCAUUGAUCGCUUGACGAAGAACUUCAUACUCGCCAAGAUCGACGACGCCUUCAUGGUGACAGACCAAGAGAUGGUCGAGAUGUCUCGCUUCCUGUUGCGGGAAGAAGGCAUCUUUGUCGGCAGCUCCAGCAGUCUUAACUGCGUGGCAGCUGUGCGCGCCGCCCGCAAACUCGGACCGGGUCACACGAUCGUCACAGUUUUGUGUGACUCGGGCCAGCGUCACCUCACCAAGUUCUGGGACGAGGAGCACAUUGGCAAAGAAUGGCAACUCGAGCCCAAGGCUGCGCACCUUGAGUUUCUGGACGGCUCUACAGGUCAGCCGUAA